ACACGUACGAAUCCAAAAUUCAGAUUCGCACGAAGAAGAAGAAGAAGACAAACAUCAUCAUCAUCAUCGUCCUCCUCCAAAGAGGAGCUCUUCAUUUUCAAAUCUCAGAUUCAGGAAUCAAACAUGGGUUUCCUUAUAACAACCCUAAUCUUCCUCGUCGUUGGGAUCAUUGCCUCUUUGUGCGUUAGAAUCUGCUUCAGCAGAGGUCCUUCCACCAAUCUGCUACAUCUUACCUUGGUCAUUACUGCGACAAUCUGCUGUUGGAUGAUGUGGGCAAUUGUAUAUAUUGCACAGAUGAAUCCUCUGAUUGUCCCCAUUUUAAGCGAAACAGAGUAGAAUCCUCUACCUACUCAGACAAGAGAACCUCAAACUAGAAAACACAUGCGCAGAGUCGAGCUUCUGUAUGUUCAAUCUUUAAACAGAGUUCCUUCCUCCUGUUUGUAAUUCUUUACCUUGGUGUGAACAAAAUCAAAAACCUUUUGGCCACUUUACUAUUUCGAGAUUUUGUUGUAUUCACUUCUCUCUCAUUCAUCCCCCAAAACAAAGCUGAAUCUCCCUUUUGAGAUUACUACAUCCCACAAUGUAUUAUUGUUGAUUUAAAUAAGCUUUUUGAAAUUCUGUAGUUA